AUGGGUAACCUAGUCAGCUCCUGUUGUGGCUCUGCCUGCUCUGAGGAAGGCUGUGGCCAAGGCUGUUGCCAGACCACCUGCUGCCAGACCACCUGCUGCCGCCCCAGCUGCUGUGUGUCCAGCUGCCACAGGCCUCACUGUUGUGGAUCUAGCUGUUACAGACCCAGCUGUUGCAUUUCCAGCUGCUGCCGCCCUACCUGUUGCAUUUCUAGUUACUGCAGGCCUUCCUGUUGCCAAUCCACCUGCUGCCACCCCUACUGCUCCCGUCCCAGCUGCUGUGCUUCCAGCUGUUACAGGCCUUCCUGUUGCUGCCCCACCUGCUGUGUGCCCAGCUGUUGUAGGCCAAGCUGCUUUCAGUCUGUAUGCUGCAAGCCCACCUGCUGUGUUUCCAGCUGUUGCAGACCUAACUGCUGCAGGCCCACCUGUUGUAGGCCAAGCUGUUUCCAGUCUAUGUUCUGUAAGCCCACCUGCUAUGUUUCCAGCUGUUGCAGACCUAUCUGCUGCAGGCCCACCUGCUGCUGCCCCAGCUGCUCUGGUUGUUCUUGUUGCUGA